GCCUAUGGUAAAAUCCCAGUAUCUAAAUGAAAUGGGUGGUUUCAUAACAGAACAAAACAAAUGAUAGUAGUUUAACAAAGGAAAUGUACGUUAGUAGUAAUAUUUGCAUAAUGUACUUAUACUAGUGAAAUAGAGUGAAACUGCGAGUAUGUCUACAUUGAAGUGUGUUGAUAUUUUUUUUUCAAGAGAAUUAAUUUAAAGCCGUUUAUAAUGCGGGAUUUAAGGUUAGGUUUAGUAUUUAUUAUUGUAAUAUUUGUUUUGGCAUUCACCCAAAUUUAUAAUCUUUAUACAAAAUUGGACCAACACAUUGAGCAAUCAAGAAAAAAUAAUGUUCAAACAAAGCAACAAUUCCAGCUUAAUUCAGAAGAUGAUAUUGUUGUUGUCUACAAUAGAGUGCCAAAAACAGGUUCCACAAGUUUUGUAAAUGUUGCAUAUGACCUAUGUAAAAGGAAUAAAUUCCACACCCUACAUGUGAAUGUAACAGGAAACAAUCAUGUAUUGUCAUUGGCAAAUCAGUAUAAAAUUGUUCAGAAUAUUACUCAUUGGGACAACAUGAAGCCUGCUGUUUAUCAUGGACACUUUGCUUUUAUUGAUUUUGCAAAGUUUAGUGCCAGAAAACCAUUAUUUAUUAAUAUUGUCCGAAAACCUUUGGAUAGACUGAUAUCUUAUUAUUAUUUUCUAAGGUAUGGUGAUAACUAUAGACCAUAUUUGAUUAGAAAAAAACAUGGAGAUACUAUGACUUUUGAUGAAUGUUUCUUGAAGAAUCAAGCUGAUUGUGAUCCCAAUAAUAUGUGGUUGCAAAUUCCUUUCUUUUGUGGACAUUCUGUUGAAUGUUGGAAACCGGGAAACAGUUGGGCGUUGGAGGAGGCGAAGAAAAACUUAAUCAACAAUUAUUUAUUGGUAGGAGUAACGGAUGAACUUAAUGAUUUUGUUAAUAUAUUGGAACAAACCAUUCCGCGUAUAUUUAAAGGCGCCGGAGAUUAUUUUUUGAAUAGCAAUAAGUCACAUUUGCGACGGACUGUACAGAAAACCGAACCGUCCGAGGAAACUGUGCGGAAAAUUCAGCAACAUAUAGUCUGGCAAAUGGAAAAUGAGCUCUAUGAAUAUGCUUUGGAACAGUUUCAUUUUGUUAAAUCUCAUAGUGACAAACUGCAGAGUUUUAUGUAUGAGAAAGUAAGACCAAAAUAAACAUCUAUUAGUUUAA